AUAUAAUAAAUAACUGGUCUGGCACUAUUAUUGUAUUCCGCUGUCUUCGAAUGUAGAAGUUCCUAUCUGGACAUAAACAAACCCUUGUUGAAGCUUAGAUAAGUUUAGUAAAAUUUCCACCAUAAAAGGGUAUUUCCCUAAUUACAAUUUUUCCUUUUGAUCUUAAAGAUAUAUUUACUGUCUUUUUACAUAUGUUCAUAUGCGCAUUUCGUUUUGACAUAUCCGUCAUUUGAAUAUGUUUCCUACCACUGUAGCAAAUCAAUUUGUCAUCUUCUAUUCAUAUUGGGGUAGGUUCCUUGAGCUCUUGUGGUUUCUCAGCUAACGUUUGUGGGCAGCCCUGCCUUUUAUCAUGUAAGAAUCAACGUGCCUGGAAAUCUUGAACAAGAAUAUAGUGCUCUGUUUUAAGUUAAUAUAAUAUGUGUCUUAUUGAAGGGAUUUUUUUUUUUUUUUGCUGUUUAAUAAAAUGCAUAUUCGGUGUUUGCUGAUAAGAAGCGGUCGAUCGUGCUGCAGAGUUAGCUGCUGAAAAGCACGUGGAGUGCAGAUGUAUGGAUCAGGCAGUGACACUGGUCUCUGCGCCGGGAAGUAGCACAACCGGGAUGAAAACACGUCUUGGAAAAAUUACUUUGCUGGAUGGCAAAGUGAUUACUGGCAAAGUGAUAUGGAUAAACAGUGAGGAGAAGUGAAAAACAUCAGAAAGUUUUAAUUCCUGAAAACUGCUGACUUGAACUUUGUGCAUAAUGCUCCUGUGAACUUCACAAAAGGGAGAAGCUGUGACACAACAGCAUUCAGGGCAGUUUACACGGCCAAAAGCUGCGUGCGGUAGAAUUUGCAGUAAGGGGGAAAAUAUUACAUAAUUCAGUUAGUUUCCUGGCUUCUGUAGCAGCAAUAAGACAAAUGCAUCACGGAGCAGCUUACUUACUUAGCAAGCCUAAUUCUCCACUUCACUUUUCAUCUCAGACAGCCCUGAUAUCAAAAGCCAUUAGGAAAACUCCCUGAAAAACAAUGUGUCAUAUUUUGUACAGAACCGCUAGAGGAAAAGCUACUUACCAUGCCUUCUGAAGUGCACGGUAAUGACCUGAAAGACCUGCUGAAAGACUGUUUUAGGCUUGGCCUUAUUGCAAAGAAGACAAAUAGUGAAGGUCACUUGUGUACUCUGUGUUGUAGUGAUUAUUUUAUUCUUUGUUGAUGGUUUGUGAGAGCUCUGGGAGGAGCUUUGAUACCUAAAUCUCAUCUAGUCAUCUCUUCAGACAGUGACCUUCAAAACAGUGAGUCAGCCAGUGACGGAAGCAAUGCAGAAACACGGCCUUGCUUUUAACGAAAUUGCUGCCUUUGCUUUUGUGAGUGGCAGUGCUUCACAAAGGAUGGAAAACUGUGGGACUGGACACCUGAGGCACCGCUUCUGAGGAGCGAGCAUGUGGCUCACAUGGAGCACCCGCGAGGUUUGCACCUUCGUGAAGGCACAAGAUGCCAGAGCCCCAAAACCGACGGCGGGUUCAGGUUCAUCCUCUUUCUGCCGAGUCCAUGGAAGGUGUCAUGCAUCAGAAAGUGCUGAAAUGAAGCAGUUUAUCAGAGACCUGGAGCAACAGCUUAUCAUGGAAAUGAACCCGGCUGAGGUGCUGGAAGCCAACAGGCGCUUGCAGGAGGAUUUAAACAGAGCCGAAAGAAAAGCUGCUCGGCUGGAAAUGGAAGUGAACCUACUGAAAAAAAACAUUGGGAGAAAGACAACGGCAUUAAAAACCACAACAGAAGAACUACGCCGGGCCCAGCAGCAGUUUGAGCAGUCACAGGCUCUUUGUAUCCAGGUGGAUCAGGAGAGGAAAGAUGCCAUCCAGAGGGCAGAAGGGCUGCAGGAACAAGUGGCCCAGCUGCAAGAUGAAAACCUUUGGCUCCGUCAGCAGCUGGGGGACGCACAGAACAAGGCCGCCCAAGAACUAAUGAGAGAAAUGGAGCGGCCAGAGGAAACGCCACUGGCAGCUGGGACACAGCAACAUGAUCGGCUGAAGCAAGAGAACCCCCACUUGCCAGAGGACUUGGACAAGGUCAAGGCCAAGGUGUGUGAACUCUCGUCACAGAUGGAGUUGCACUCCCAACUAUCUCUGCAGCUCAAAGCCACGAUCCAGGGGCUGCAAGAGCUGGUGGCUCUUCUGGCACAUGGCUUGGCCACUCCUGGGGGCGCUCACAGCCCAACAGCGCUUCAUGGAAAACGCUGUGAGCAGCCAAGGGAGGAGCAGCUGGAGUCGAAAAGCAGAGACCUGGAUCCCAGUGUGCAGAGAUCACAGAGCCUGUGGGACCUGAGCCGCUCCGCACAGCCCGGCCUUUCUGCCAGGGCCAGUGUGAUGCCGGCAGAAGCCUCUGCUCAGAGCCCGCAGGAGCCACGGCGCAGACUCUUCCAUCGCGAGGCAAAGACUCUGGGCCAGAGCCGGGGACGGAGCGGGAGCCCGUCGGGCUCAGGCACCGCUGAACAUGGAGCUGGAUCUGCUGGGGAUCCUCCCCAGGUAUCUCCUGCUCCUCUGCCGAAUGCAGAUGAAGUCCAGGAUCCCCCGGCCAGUGCAACGCACUUCGACCUCGACGAUUUGGAAGAGGAAUUGUUAGAACUGUUAGAAAGUGGUCAUUAAACUUGUGAAGGUUCCUUUUCUGUGCCCGUCUGCUGUGCUUUCCCAUGGCUGUCCCCUCCUGGGCUCCCACAGUGCUGGGCUGAACCAGGGGCAGCGGCUGGGGACAGCAAAGCCCCUGGAGCCCCCAUGCCCUGCUCCCUUGGGGGUUCGGGGCUGUGGGGCUGCAGGGGCCAGCCCAGUUCCUGGGGGGCUGCCCAGGCCCUGGGGCCCCUCACACCGGCAAUGCUAGGAGAUGUAGUCCCUCGCUUCACAGCACAAUUCUUUCAAGAACAGUAUUUAAUACUGUAUGAGACACAUGUAAAUUUGUGAAACUCUUUGUCCCCUCUGAUCCUGCUGUGUUUUCCCAUCACCAUUGCCUGUGUCCCCAAGCUGGGGGCCCCCGGGGGCUCUGCCUAGGGCUGGACAUGGCUGGGGCCCCAAGGGCUGUGACACUCGCUCACUUUCCAAACCCAGCGGCUUCCUGGCCUGAACCAGCCAGAGCAGGAUUCCAGCUCUGAGCUGAUCCAGACGUUGGGUUGAGUCUUGCAGGGAUUUUACAGCACAGGAAAAGCCGCUGCCAUACCAUGCAGCGUUUGACGGAGC